CAUGGAUGCAUUAAUCGUUGGCUUUGCGUCAUUCUUCUCUGUUUUCAAACCAUACGAGGCCUUUUCUACAUAGACUCUUCCUUGUUACUCUUAUCAAGUGCCAUACUCUCCAUGGAAAGUCCUCUUUUCUCCCCCGCCAAGGCACGUCAAGCUGCCAUCGAAGCCAAGGAUUGGGCCUAUGUGAACGCCUGGCUGAGCCGGCACUACGCGCCUAACCCAAUCCCUAAGUUUGAACGGAAUGAAGACACAUUACGGACCUUACUUGCCCUGGCUGCCGCCAAUGAUACGGCGGAUGAAGAGGCAAUGAUAUUGCAUGAAGCACGCGAGCAAGCUGUCCAGGCCUUCAAGUCUCAGGAGCAAAGCGAGGAGACCAAGAAAUUCGAAAUUCUGGAUGAGAUAGAGCUCUCGCUUGAUGAGAGCGGCAGACAGAGUCUUGACGAUCUGGCGGAAACAACUGCAGUUCUUGGAGCAUUGAGCACCGACGCAGUAGACCUCGGUCAGUCUAUCAUUGACCUCACAACGGAGGAGUUCAACGUGCAGGAGCAAAUGUCUAAAGUGGACGCACUACAAAACUAUCUGGAAAGGGAGCUGGCUACGUUGCGGGCGCAAUUGGAUGACUUCCAAAAUAAUGAAGCUUUUCAGACGCCUGCUGAUCUCCCAGCAUCAACGGCCGAGUGGACACGGAAUACCAAGUCGCUCAGUGCGAAAGCGAGUGAGUAUCGAGACAAGAUCAGUUCUCUUUCAAGAAACAGAGGCAAGGAACUUCGUCUGGAAGAUGUCAUGGCAAAAGAGGCGGAUGUGAUAAAGGUUUUUGAGACAGUCCAGAAUUUGGAUACUAUGAUAAGUAUGCUCCAUAAUCUUCCCGGCGAUCUUCCUGGAGCUCGAGCAAAAUGCAAAGAGCUAGAAAGGGUGCUCCAGACACUCGUUCGUGAACGAGAUGCAAUAGCUGGCAGGUAAACGAGAUUGAGGAUACUUUUUUUCAAACUACGAAGGAUACCAAAAUUCGGUUAAAUGUUGUAUUAAACCUAGUGAGAGUAGUACAAUCAAAGGCUUGGUAUCGUCAACUCAUGAAAAUCAUCAUAAGAACAAUCUGCCCGCAGCCGCCAGUGUUCCUC